CCUUGAUUACCUCAGUAAAACUCAUCACACUCUAACAAGCCGUAUUAACUACUGAUUCAACGUGUGCAGGAUUCUUAAACUAAAUGUAUUGUUCCCAAAAGUGUGUCACCGCCGUGCGUCAAAGCUUUCCGUCAGAGGACUUUUACAUUUCUGUGGGCCUUUUUCUCUUAACAGCUCCAGUUGGUUGGAUUUUCACCAUGUAUGUUUUUACGCCUGUGGGAUCCGCUGCCUGUCCAAAGACGAGGGCUGGGAAAUGUAAGAAUUGAGGGGCUGUAUAAGUCCGGGAGAUGAGCGCAGCGCAGACAAGGCCUCGGUUACGAUCAUUGCAGUCUGCCGGUUGCCUCGCCUCAGGAAAUGCCGGAUGCGUCUGCUUGCGCCACAGAAAGGACACAAAGGCUGAGCUUUAUUGGUGAUAUUUAGCUUAGACAGCCAGGCUGUAACCUUAAGAAAAACAACCCAAUUGCCCGCGAUAAAAGGGCUGUUAUAUAGCACCCAAAUAACCGCUCCCCACUUCCCGUUUUAGUUCGUCUUCAAAGUGGACCCUCAGCCCCGCAGACGCAGCUCUGCGCAUCUUGGAAACGGACCCUUAAGAUGUUUAGAUUCUGUAAAAUCCAGUGAUCAUCUAAUGCCGCAUUGCUUGUUUUAUCUUAUUUAACAAGUAUUAAAACAUUUUACAUAUCAACAAUGACCAGGAUGUUCCUUCCAAAAUAAAAGUUUUAUAGAUUGGGGUCGUUAAGUUAUUAUACUCUUUUAAUAAAUAAUCCUAUUAGGUUUUUAUUAAUAUACACUUUUUAAGAGUGCAGGUUGUUUGAUGGUUUCGCUAAUGGAAGCUUUAAAGUGGUAUUACCCUGCUCCCCAUAACAACUAUGUUCGAUUACACUAAUAUAAGAUCGCUUGACAAAAAUCAUAACGUUUAUUGCUUAUAAAACGAAAUAUUUCCCAAUAAAGGCGCCGGGAUUUGCUAUUAAAAUAUGGUAGGGAAAAUGGUGGCCAUUUAGUCGAGCAGCAGGCUGAUUUAUUAUUUAUUGUUCUGUCCCACGGUCACGUGUUCGAGGCGCCCUAUCAAGUCUUGGGCAAGGUUCAACUUACUGGACGCAUUGAGCUCCAAGCUGGUGCAGGAAAGCAGCACAUUAUAUCAUGCAACCAAACUGUUUUCCUCUAAAGCUCGCAGAAUCGUAGACGCGCUCCUUUGUUGCUUUUUUGCAUCUUUUCCCCGCAAUGUCGACGUUGGGAACCAAUUAUUAUGUCGACUCCCGUGUUCUGGCCGAGCAGGAAGACAUGGCACCGAGGUACUCAUCAGCUGCAGGGGUGGAGCAGGCGAUGCUCACCGAAUAUGGCGGACAGGAGUCUUGUCCUUUGCAGGCGAAAUCUUCUAUUUUUGGUGGAUCGUGGAGCCCAAUCCCGGCCCACCCUCCGAACACGGCCACUCCAACCUACAUACAUCAUCAUUACACAAGCGGGGACAGUGAUGGGAUGUUUACGCGCUCGUGGGCGCUGGACCCAGUCUCUGCGUCCUUAUGCCUGACGGGAAUACCAUCGACUACGAUGCAUUAUGAGAUCAAACCCGAGCCGCUGAUUGGAAGUACUGAAUGCACAACUUUGGAAACGCACACGCCGAUUUUGUCCGACAUUGAAAACGGAGCGUCUGUUGCGGACAUUCCUUGCGAAACCACAUCCACGUCUAAAGCCGUUGUCGAGAGCCCGUCGGCGGAAGAGAAGGGGGAGGCAGAUGCAAAUAACCCUUCAUCCAACUGGCUUCACGCGAAGCCCACCAGAAAAAAACGCUGUCCUUACACAAAGCAUCAAAUCCUCGAACUGGAAAAGGAGUUCCUUUUUAACAUGUACCUCCCCCGGGAUCGUAGAUAUGAAGUAGCGAGACUCCUGAAUUUGACCGAGAGACAGGUGAAAAUCUGGUUUCAGAACAGGAGGAUGAAGAUGAAGAAGGAAAACAAAGACCGGAGAAGAGACAGUUAACUGGUUGUGAACUGGUGGAUUAGAGCCUGAUGGGGGAGGCGGAGUAGAGGGGGGUCUGUUGUUAAUAUUCCUCAGCUGUUACACAUGUUGUUGUAAAUUUUGUGAUGUUGAAACAAUGCAAGUUUUUUUUCUAUCCAGUGUUUCAUGUUUGUGAGAGAAGAAAAACGUGACGUCGAAAUUUAAAUGUGUUGUACGUGGCGCCCUUCAAUAGUUAAUAACUAGAGGCCAUUCGUUUAUUGCAUGGAAUUAUCUUUGACUACCUGAAUGUCUUUCAGCUACCGAAUCGCGUUGUUUAAAUUAUUUUUUGCAACUUUAAAUGUUUUUGAGUCGUAAGGGUUUUGAAACAUUUGUGAAAACACUGUGCACACUUUAAACAUACCUCGUUGUUCUUUAAUUCAUUCAAAAAUAAAUAGAAGUUCGUCAAGCACACGGGGGCCUUUUAGCGACAUGUUUUGUUAACAUCUUUGUCGAAUUGUUCAACACGCAGAGCAUUUAACAAAACAAACACUAUAAUUAAUAAAAGGAUGCAACAAUGUAACGUAACAACAAGUACAAGUCUGUAACAUGUCUAAAAUAUUCUGCCCUUCAAAAAACAAAGUAUAAAGUUAUUUUCAUGUCAGAAUAAAGGUAAAACAUUUGAAUUCGA